AGAAUCAGAGAGCGGUAUCAAAAAAACCGAUCCGCCCAAAACCGCCUUUAUAAGAAGCUCUGCCGAAACUAGAACGCCCUCCGUUCAGCCGAAAAAUCUCCGGCCAUUUUAUUUCUCUCUUGAUAUCAGUUCAUCUUUUCUCACGUUAAAAGUUCUCAAUACAGCUAUCAACUUGUAUCACUAUAAUGGAGUCUAAAGUCGUGGCUCUCAAUCGUGAAAGCCGCCGAUGGAAAAAGAGCUCGUUUAAUGAGCUCUUGAAAGUUUUUCAACUUCGCCUGUUGGCAUUCCGCCAUGGAAAUAUUCGAGAGCAUGAGUUUUUCAGUAAAAAGUUUGAUAAGGAACUUCUUCCAAUUGGUCGUCACGGAUUGACAGCCGGCUGGCUCAUUGAGUCUCUCGGACAACUUCUGAACAGUGACAAUAUCCGAAACAUCAAGUGUAGUCAGCUUGGAACAGACGGUUUUGUAUCACAAAUCAUGCGCGUCGUGAUUGAGUUCACCAAUAACCAAACAAAAAAAUACAUUGUGAAAAUGCCAGAAACCACCAACAUUAAGGCUGCUCUUGAGAAAACAACCCAGCAAAAAAUGCCAGAAGGUGCUGAUGAACAGUUCAUCGGAGGUCUGACUAUGUUCUUCAAUCGAGAGGUUGAGUAUUACGCUAUGGAGAAAAUUCCAGGCCUAAGAACUCCAAAAUGUUAUCACGCUCAACAAUGGGACAAUGGAAAAACCACCGGCGCCAUUGUAAUGCAAGAUCUGGAAGGGAUGGUCAGUGUUCCAUACUAUGAAUCUUUGAAUUUACAACAAAUCGCUUCAAUUGGAUCACAAAUGCUCAACCUUCAUUUAUUUUCCAUCGGCAUGUCUGAUGAGUGGAGACAAAAAUUCCCUUUCCCAAUGGAGCUUAUUGACACUGUGUCCAAUAUGACUGAUAUAGUGAAGCUGUACGUUUCACGAAACCCUGAGCUUGAGGAAGGAUUCUCAAAAGUUGAGAAAAUGUAUCAAGACAGAGAGCUGUUCACCAAAGUUCUCCGGGAUUCACACAAAUCAUUGGGAAUCGAUGAUUUCCUUUGCCACGGAGAUUUGUGGUUUUACAAUUUGAUGUGGAUUCCAAGAAAGUCGGGAAGUGAGGUGGCGUCCAAUCACCUUGGAUCAAUAAUUGAUUGGCAAAACGUCCACACUGGAAAUAUUUGUGAAGAUUUUUGCCAUAUGCUCACAUUCUGCUGUGAUACCGAGAUUCGUAGACAAGCUGAGAACACAUUUCUACCCUACUACUACAAUCAACUGAAAGCAAAAGCAGUUGAAGCCGGAAAGAAGCUCAAUCUAACUCUGAACCAAUUCCUCCGAGCAUACAGAAGAAACUUCAUUGCACAUGCUCUUCAUCUCCCAUUUAUUGUUUCAAUUAUGUUAUGUGUCAAGCCAGCAGAUGAUGAAAUUGUUCAAAAAAUCCGGAAUCAGAUGCUUAUUCAAAAAGUUCUUGGAGCUUGGGAAGAUGCGAUUCAAGCGAUGCACGAGGAAUAUCCAGAAUAUCCAUGCUGAACAAUAAUAAUGAUAAUCUGUUAUUUUUUUUUUGAUGUACUUAUAUUUGUGUUGUUGCGCAUUUUAGUCAUAGUUACACCCCACAUUUUGAUAAUCAUUUCAUGCCGCUAGAGAGAAAAGCUCACAUGAGGUUCCGUAGCAUUCCGGUAUUUUUCGAUCCCAAACGAUCUCGGUGAACUAUUUAUUUUUGAAUCCUGUGUAUUUUAACCAGAGCCGGAGAGUAUCAAUUUUUCAUGUUUCAAACCUUUAUUUUCGAAGGAAAUAAAACUUU